AGAUACGUUGCGGGUGCAAUCGACGCGAUGCGAGCUCACGAAAACCAUCACCCGCGUGAAACAGCGGCGGUUUUAUCAGUUCGAAGAGCCGGCUAUUUAAAUCCAUACACACUCAACCAUUCGACAGACAGACAGUUCUUCGCAUUCCAUUCAACAAGUUGUCCAGCUUCAUACAAUUUUGCCGCAAGUGUCCAUCAGCUGAUUUGGAUGUGAUGAUGUCGUCACGAAAGAAGAUCACUCCCAUGUUGAACGACUAUCUGUACGAGGCCAUAAGGCGGGUCGCUAUCGAACAGGGUUUUACACCGGAGCUGUUUUCGGUGGACUUUGACGAGGAGACCGCCAUCGAGUGCGAUGGGUUUGUCAAUUUUGUAUUCAAAGCUAUCGUGAAUGAAGGCGAUCGCGAGUUUGUGCUGUGGUGCAAAGUGCCUCCGAAUGAUGACCAGCGAUCGUUGGCUCUGUUCAAGCGGGAGGUGUUUUUCUAUCGGGAGAUUCUGCCUGCUUUCUACGAAUUUCAGACGGAGAAAGGUGUUUCCCGUGAAAGCGGAGCAGGGUUUUAUGGUGUACCGAAGUGUUAUCUGGCUCACUGUGACACUGAAAAGAACGAACCGGAGGCUGCCAUAAUUUUGGAGUACGACGAGAACUACGAAAAAUGGGACUGGGAUAAACUGAAGCCGAUUGAUUUGGACCAUUCUAAGGUGUUGAUGGAACAGCUGGGUCGACUUCACGCCCUUUCCUUCGCAAUGAAAUCCCAGAAACCAGAAUUGUUUGAAAAGUUCACGUUAAAGGAUGCCCUCGUUGGAAAUGACGAUUUGGUAACGUUGAUGAGAGAAUCAUAUGACCGGGCGUUGACGACUAUGAGAACACGAUUUGCAGCAGAACAGGACACGAUUCAGCUGAUAAAGGAUAAAGUUUUCCGGGAACUGACGACCGGUUCAGAAACUAAUGAGCCUUAUUGUGUUGUCAGCCAUGGUGAUUGUUGGAUCAAUAAUCUUAUCUACAAGCAUGAUGAGAACAACGCCGCCACAAAUGUCGUCCUCACCGACUGGCAGUCCUCCCGGUACGCAAGUCCCCUCCUGGACCUGGGCUACUUUUUCUUCAUCUGUGUCGGGGCGCAGUUCCGCAAGGACCACUUGGACAACCUGCUGCAGCACUAUCACAACGCACUCAAGAUCCUGCUGGACCGCUUGGGAGGUGACACUGCCGUGCAGUUUCCCUUCGCCGACUUGCUGCGGAUAGUGCAACCCUACCGGCAGUUGCUGAAGGACGAAUAGCUAUGUGUUGAAAAAAAUAAAGCGCUACCGCAGAGCGGAAUGUUCGGUCGAAUAAAUCAUCGAAACAGAAA